AUGUCAGAGGACCUUUCACCUACAAGCAGUAGGGUAGACUUGAGCAAUCCUCACGGAUUUACCAAAGAGGGAGUGGAUUUAUCGAAAUUGUCACCCCAAGAACUGAAACUCUACAAAAUGUACGGGAAGCUUCCAUCCAAGAAAGAUCUGUUGAGGCAUAAAAUGCAAGACCGCCAAUAUUUUGACAGCGGUGAUUAUGCGUUGAAGAAGGCCGGUGUUAUCAAAUCCGACGAUGUUAUCGUAAAUAAUUCCAGCAAUAAUCUACCAGUCACCAACCCCAGCGGUUUAAGGGAGUCUAUUAUCAGAAGACGCAUGAGUAGUAGUAGCGGUGGCGGUUCCAUUUCGAGGCAAGGAAGCAUCUCAAGUGGGCCUCCACCAAGAUCUCCAAAUAAAUAA